CUAGCACUCCUCUACAAUGGGGUCAACUCGGCUAUAGAUGGCAUCCGCGGCAAGCACGACCCCCUAGGCAGCAUGGCAGCUGGCGCCAUUACUGGUGGCCUGUUCAAGUGCACAGCUGGCCUGAAGCCCACUAUCGUUGCCGCCACCGUCGUUUCUGGAGCCGCCGGUGUCUGGAGUUUUGUCAAGACCCGCCUUUAAUCACUCAUAGUAUACUGCCGUCAUCGCUAAUAUUACCACCCCUUACUUGGAACCACACACGAGCCGGGAAUGUGCUGUCUGCGACCCAUGGAACGGCGAUUGACAACUGAUAUUCCAAUCGGAGAAGCAUCUGCCAUCGGCACCUCAGACGUACGCUUUAUUGAAUCGACGAUUCUCGAGCCCAUCUGCAUCUCAUUUGUUGCCGUGCGUACCCCUUGCUCCGGACUUUUACCUGCCAGCGGAAUAUAUAUAUGGUCGGUAUCAUCCCACAGAAGCCUCUCGCUAGCUCGUGCACCCAACAUGCCAUCGGACGGCGACCAUGCUGAUGGCUUGAUUUGUACAGCGAUUUGCAUCGCUAGACCCUCCCCGCCGCAGCAUGUAUCGCUUAUUAGCCUACUUUCCACUAUUGUGGAUCGUGACUUUGCACCCACAAAGAAACGCCGCCGAGUCACGCCUCGCCGCUCGAAGUUUCCUCAGGCCGUCCGGCGCCACGCCUGGACUUCCAAGUCCACUGUAACCUUGUUACGACCGCGACGUAUUUAUCGGCACCGCCCUGCGCUCGCGCCUCUCGCUUCGGAAGGCGCUUCCCUGGCGAUCAAAUCUGGGAAGCACGUUUCUCAUAUAAAGUCCUUCCACCGCCUUCCCGGAUGCCUGACCCUCGCUCUUGUUCUGGCCUCUGCGUAUACUGAGAAUAGCUCCUCCCCACGGUCGCCAUACUCGACCCUCAGCCUCUCCGACCACGGCUCGCCCUCGAGCCGGAGCAGCCCGUUCAGCCCGCCCGGCCAUCCCGCCGACGUGUCCGCCCCCGCGCCAGCGUUCGUCCGGCGGCCACGCAUCCAGGUAUCCUCGCUUCUCGUCGAGGACGGCAGCAGAUCAUAUCACCUCGAAGUCGUACAGCAGCCCGUGCGCACGGCCGAGUUCGGGAACGCGAGCCUGUCGCGCCUGCCUAUUACCCCGCCUAUUAUCGUCAAGCUGACCGUGACCGACCGUUCGGGGAACGCAGUGAUUCCGCAACACGAGCUGCCGUUCCUCAUCGCGCACCUGUCGCUGUGGACGGAGGAUGGGCGCACGCGGGUCGACGCGGGGCAGGGUGUGCCCAUGCUCUACGGGAACCUUGUGUCCGCCGUCGACCAGCUCGAGGACAUGGCGGGGAAUCAGGGGCUGUUCUUCUGCUUCCCGGACGUCAGCGUUCGCGUGCGCGGGCGGUACCAGCUCGGCGUGACCCUAAUGCGCAUCUCAAGGCAAGCACGCCGUCCUGCUGCCCGCCGUGACGCUGAAGCUCACCAGGAUUGGCGCGUCCGCCGCUCUCAGCCAGGGGGAGAGCGGACACGCCCUUGCAGAGACGCGCUCUCGGCCGUUUGACGUGCUGGAACGCGGGCAGUACACCGCCGUCCCACCCACGCGAAUGACCAUGGCGUUCCUGCGCCAGGGGGCGCGCAUGUUU